UAAUAUAACAUUAUACAGGCAUUCAGUGACAACAGUGGCGUAGUGUGCCCAUAAACAAAUCUUGACAAUUGUCAUUGAAAUUCAACCGCACAGUAGGUCUAUGCAUACAAACGACCUCAUCUUCUCAUAUAAGACAUUCCAAGGGUUGAAUUAAUGGAGUCAAAGCAACAUUCUGGACACCCAAUCAGAAGCUUCAUUCGCGGAGAUGGUACGAAGAGGACAAAGCGCCCGAUUCAGACGUACUGGUCAUUGCUUGGUCAGAGACAAAUUCCGUGUUAAAAACAACUGGAAACUCGGGAAAAAACGAGCGCCGACUGGGAAAAAUAGAUUUGAACGGUCAUCAAUCUCGGAAUUCCAACUCGGGCCACUUACUGGAACUUCGACUUUACAACCUGAAGAUCAUGAUUUGACCUCGUUUUUUCUCGAGUUCCCAGUUGUUUUCAACGCGACUAGAGUCCCCAAAGCUGUCAUUGUCAACAACCAUCAUAAACACACUGCUGACGAGACGCCCUUCUACUUUGCUGUCUCCUCCAUAGACAUUAAAACUCUCAUGAUACAGUUUCUUCUCCUCCACCUGUCUUAUUCGAGCGAGAGGUUUCCGCCUUUACUUCUUCUCUGGUGGGUGGAGUCGGUCACCUGAACAACAAGUUAUGAGCCAGCCGCACAGAGGGCAAAGGGGGAGAAACGAUGGUCUCCACGAGCAUCGGGAACACAGGCCACGACGGGAGCAGCAGCACAAUGCUAGACAACCAUCAAGCGACAGGUCCUCUUCUCAGCCUCCAUAUUACAGGGACUCCACACCCCCUCUUAAACAUGUGCGGCACCAAGAAGCCCCAGGAGAGGAUCAUAAUGGGUCCAAAUGCACCAAUAUCUGCUCAAGGAGAGGUAUCGUGUUGAUCUGUUCAGUCCUGACCAACGCCCUGGUCCUGAUCUGUGUGGUGGCAGCUCAGAUGGUGAUGUCAGGCAUGUCUGCUAUGGGUGGCCUAGCGGGAGGCAGCUUCAACCUUAACACUAACAUCCCCUUCGAGGGCCAAGAGCUGCAACAGGUGAGAGACCUGGACAUGCAGUACAGCCAGAUGAGAGCUCCGGGAAUCUACGGGGGCGUGGUAUUUGCUCUUGUCUUCGGUGUUGUCUCCCUCUUGUUCGUGGUCUCCGGGAACAAGCCCGCUCACCUGCUGGGCCAGAAGCUGCUGAUGGGAGCAUUGGUGUUCCAGGGUUUGGGGGCGGUACUCUACGUGGUGGCGGUGGGGCUGUACCUCCACUUUGUCAUCCAGGUAAACAGUACAGACGUGUGUAAGAGAAGGGAGAGGCUGUACGCACGUUCAGGUUUAACCUGGAUGAACUGUGAUGUGGGAGGGGCAGACGCGGCCGUGGCUUUGUUCGGGCUGAUCACUGCGAUACUCUACACUGCCGGUACGGUGCUCACGUUCCACACGGUGCGCUGGGUCAGGGGCUACCUGAAGGAUCGCAGGCUACACGAGGAGAGAGAUAGACGCCCCCCUACUGCCAGCUCCAACCCACAUAGGGCACCACUACGGUCUGAUACCGCUCUGUGACAGAGACGCAGGUUGAGCCUGAAAUGGCACCCUAUUCUCUAUAGAGUGCACUACUUUUGAUCAGGGCCCAUAGGGCUCUGGUCACAAACGCCACAGAUGAACCCCGGAAGGGACCAAAGUGCUUUUUCACUCGAUCCCUUUUCAUUAAAACGUUCUGUCCAUCUUUGACAGUAACGGGACUUGCAACUACCCACUGGGCAAAGAUGUCAGUUCAACAUCUAGUUUUGAUUUACUUUUGAGAUGUCAACAGUUAAAUCAACAAAAAUGUGAACCAUUUAGGUUUAAAGUUGGGUGGAAAAAAGACAAAUCGCCCUAACUUUUUGCAAAUCCAGUAAGUUUGAUGUUGAUUCCAAUAUCAUCACAUUGAAUGUUUUUGUUGAAAUGACAUGGAAAAAAAUGUUGAUUCACCCAGUUUGUGCCCAGUGAGUAAGGCGUUUGCUCUGUAAACUUCUGUAAAGCAUGGAUUUGAUAUGAAAUCCUUUUUAACUGCAACAUGAAUGACCCACUGAUCUCACAGACUGGUCUUGUUAUUCAUCAAUAAAACUUGUGUAUGUGUGUAUAUAGAGGUUGCAUGUAAAUAAACCUUUACAUUUAUCUGCCA